AUGGUGUUGCCGUGGAGACAGGUGUGUCAAGGGACUCUACUCCUGCUACAGUUCAUGAUUUUCUGACACUGCCUCAGUAAACCUCACACUCACAGAUGGAAGUGAGAAUGGUUUGGAAAUGCCUUUCCCCCUCCUCGACCAAAUACUGGGUCAUCUCCUGCCCGAGCUUUUCUCAAAAGUCUCAUCACAGCCAACUUUGACAGAGAGGUGUGACUGAGUCACUUUGAAGGUAAUCCUCCAUAUAGCAGUUCAGUUCACUAGUACACAUUUAAUUGAAGCCCAAUCAGCUUCACAGCAUGCUACGGUAAUGAGAUUUUCAAUGACAGUAUGCUGUCUAGCUGGGUUUUCUCUCCCCAAGCACAUCACAUGUGAUGGAUUGGCCAUUUGCAUUCCCAGCAAAACGCUAUGAUAAAUACAGACAACCCAAAUAAUAUUUUCUCAGUCCAAUCCAUCUCUGGAGCAGUAGUCAGUGAUGGGAAAUGUCUAUGUUGACGCCCCCUGACAGACAUCAUUUAAUGGAGCGCCAUUGCCAACAAUGCUAUUCUGGGGGGAUACUGGGAACAGCCUGCUGUUUGUUUUGACUGUGAUCAUCUGGUUCACUACAGCCGGAGAAAGAUGGUGUUUUGUGUUGGGGGGAAUCUUUUGACACCAGUCAGGGUCUCCCUCGUCAUGUCAUGAUGUCACUAAGCCUGCCUGUAGGGGAUGGGGUUUCCCCCGGCAUGUGAUGAUGUCACUGAGCCUGCCUGUAGGGGAUAGGGUCUCCCCCAGCACGUGAUGAUGUCACUAAGCCUGCCUGUAGGCGAUGGGGUCUCCCCCGGCACGUGAUGAUGUCACUAAGCCUGCCUGUAGGCCAUGUGUAAGAUAAUGAGCUCCACAGCAACGGUCGCCGACACUGGGAUAGGGGUUACUAGAGUCAUGUUUAAUGUAUGAUUUACUGGACAUGAUGAUUUGAUACAUACCUUUAGAAAUGGAAGUGUGUUUGUAAGCCAGAGAGUGGAACUUUCGGGGGGUCAGAGGUGGGACAGGACUCCCAGUUGGCCUUAGGGGAAACACAUUGUGUGAGUGUGUGGAAUCUGGAAGCUGUGUGAAACAUUUUCAUUAGCCACAGAAGCCAGUGGAAAAAGUGGAACAAUGGCAGCCAUGGUUAUUGGGUACAGGGUUGAUAGGGAUGGGGGCAGGGCGGCUUCUACAGACUACAGUAAGUGGUAGAGCCAAAGCAACAAGGGAAAGACUGUUGCCGUGUUACGAAGAGGAAAGGCAGACAUUGGCUGUGUCCAAAAUGGCACUCUUUUCCUAUGUAGUGCGCUACUUAUGACCAGGUUCCAUAGGGCUGUGGUCAAAGGAGUGCACUAGGCCUAAAUAAGGAAUAAGGUGCCUUUUGGGACGCAGGCAUUGAAUGUGAAAUAAUAAUCUCAUGGGGCUGCUCAUGGUGUGAACGUGCUGAGAAAGGAAUCUAGGCUUAAUAUGGGAAAACCAGUUUCACAAUCUUAGAACAUUGGCCUAAUGGAUGUCACUGGAGGUCAUAUGUGAAUUUAGUGAGCCCUGUUAUUUUCCCCCAAACAUAUCAAAAGCGUGGUUCUAUCAGCAUAUGAAAACACACAUACUAAAUAAAAAAAACAUUGAAUUGAGGCAACAAAAAAAAGCUUCAUCUUACGACAGAUAGCGCAAUGAACCGUCUGCACUUUGCAUAGGAGUGAUGCCACCUGCUGUAAUCGCUUCUGGAACGCAAUGGGGAAAAAUAACACAUUUUAAAAGACUUAAAGGGAUAGUUCACCCAAAUUACAAAAUGACAUAUUGGUUUGCUUACCCUGUAAGCAGUCUAUGGACAAGGUAUGACAGCAAUCCAAAUAGCACCAGUCAGUAACAUUUCCCACCAUCUCCACCAUGAUAAAGUCUACAAGGAGGAAGGGAAGCUUCAUUAUACCUCCGCCUUCAUGCCAUAAAAACGGACAAAGACAAACUGCAACUCGCUGACGUGGUACCGCACUUGACUUGAUGCAAUUUCUCGUGGUAAACGCUGCGGAUGUUGGCUCAAACUAAUAACCUGUUAAAUGCACGUUGCGGUUUGUUUGAAUCACGGCCAAAUACUUUCUAUACACAAGAAAACAGGGCUAGAUUGCCAUUCCAACUGCUGUUCACGGCAUUGAAUACAUCAUUUGAAUUGCCAGUAUUAGGCUGUGGUUCCAGCUGUGAAAACACCUGUCAAAUGUAAUGCUUUGUGACUUGCCAAGCACCAGACUGGGUAGAUAUCAGCCACUGACACAGGAUGUGCAUGACUGCCAUUUUGUAUAACUUAUUGUUCUAGGUCAUCUGUGAGGACAUCCACACAGCUUACAGUUCUGUGUUGCUCCUUUUCAGUAGGACAUCCGCAAAGGAAGACAUUGCUUUUAACAAACACAUGCCCAUCCUUCACUGUGUGUAAACCUGCAUUGCUAUACAGCAAAUUUUCAUCUUAAAAAAAUACAACAUGACAUUGUUGCAAUGGUGUUGUGCUAUAUAAUGCAUUAUCAUACAACUGUAUGAGACAGUGGUUACUUCAUGGGCGUCUAUUGGAGUGUAGGCUACUAAGUGGUUUUCUACGGAACUUUAAAAUUAGAAGAAAGAAAAUUACAGCAGUUUUUAUCCCCAGCAGAAUGGAAUGUUUUUGGAUGUCUUGUGGGUUUGUGUGCAGGGAGGGAAUAAAUAGCAACGCCUGUGUUUAUGUCUGACCUGGUCCUGCCAAGCACAGUGAGCUGGCGUGGAAAACCGUCCAUGUGACCAUAUGACCCAGUCCAGGGGAGGCGCUGCCUGUUGCAUCCUGGGGCCAGGGGGUGUGGUCGGGCUCUGGAUGGGUGUGUGUGUGUGUGUGUGUCUGUGUCUGUGUUUGUGUGUGUGCGUGCAUUCGUGCGUGUGUGUUUGUGGCUGUGUGCGUAUGUGUUAUGAUGUUUCAUUCCAAGCCGUGUACAGCUGUAAACCAAACUAGGGCUGGUGGUGGUGUCACAGGGAGAGUGUAGGCUACUCCUAAUCCACUCACCCCCUUAGAGCUCCUUUUACAUUGUGACUCAGAUCAAGGAAACUGCAGGAAAUUACAUUAAGGUGUGGACACAUGAUUCUUUCCGAGACGUGAGGCCUUUCUAGAAGCCUGUUAGAGCACAGUCACAAGCCCAAUUAGGUUCUGUCCUCCGCUACUGUCUCUGGUAUAAUCUGUCCUGUGCCAAUAAUCUCAGAGGACAGAGAGAAAGAGGGGUAAAUGGAGAGAGACAUAGAGGAAAAGAGAAAGAGAGGUAAAGAGAGAACAGGAUCAUAUGACCUUUUCUCUCUCUGGCCAAUAAAAGCUUUGUGGGUAAAGCGGAGGGAGUGGGAGGGUUAUAUAACGUGUCAUUAAAUGUGUGCCAUGUGCAUGAAGUCACCUCAGCUCCCAUGGUAUAGCCUACCCAGAAAUUAGGGUUUUCGUUUGAUACACUUUUUCCAUUGCAAGUUCUCUUUCUCUCUCUCACACACACGGACGCUUGCACACCACGCACGCACACACACACAUACACACUUUUACAAUGAUGCCCUCAAAACGCCCCAAGAAGCCCCCUGCUGCGGCUCAUUUCUUUCAAUUGUCCCAGUAGGCUGUCUAGCUAGGUUAUCUCUGUGAAUCUGUGUUAAAAAACGAAAAACAGGACCAAUAUGCUGUGAUGUCAGUUACCCUGUUAUUCCCCUCUUUUUCACACCUUCUUUCUCUCUCUCCCUUACUCUCUCUGACACACACACACAUACAGCUGAAAACCCCUGCCUGUGUGUGUGUGACCGCCCCCCCACGUGGCCUAACCUAGUUGCCUGGAUUAUCUAAUGGUUGCCUGGCUUCUGAGGUAACAACCUUAGCUUCUUGUGCCGUGCUGACCUUUUGAGAGACGAGACUGACGUAUUGAAGCCUAGAAUGCUCAGCCACUCUCCCUCCACCGCAUGACGAACGGUCGAUCAAUUCUCACCGCGCGAGGGGAUUAAAAUGGUUUCCUCGGAGACCAGAUCUCGCCCUCCCGAGUGGCACUCGGAACAUCUCAAUUGUCAUCUUAUCAGUAUCACUCUGCCACUGCUCAUAGGCUGUUCAAAGCCUCUACGAUCAAACGUUAUAAUAACCAUCAUUCAGUAUGAGUCAACGUUGGGCUGUUUGAGGUGGUUCUUCUACCUCACGAGUUAUUACGCAACAUCCAGACAGUGCGGUUUUGAUUAAACCAAUUUAUCUCUGGUGUGUUUCACUUGAUGUUCCUAAUGAGAGUGUUCCAUCUCCCGUAGGAACAGAGGAAGAGGACACAGAUCGAGCAGCCAGCCAGCCAGCAGACAGACAUCGUGAAGAGAGCAGAAGGGGACCUGCAGCCAGCAGACAGACAGACAUCGUGAGGAGAGCAGAAGGGGACCUGCAGCCAGCCAGCAGACAGACAUCUUGAGGAGAGCAGAAGGGGACCUGCAGCCAGCCAGCCAGCAGACAGACAUCGUGAAGAGAGCAGAAGGGGACCUGCAGCCAGCAGACAGACAGACAUCGUGAGGAGAGCAGAAGGGGACCUGUAGCCAGCCAGCAGACAGACAUCGUGAAGAGAGCAGAAGGGGACCUGCAGGCAGCUAGCCAGCAGACAGACAUUGUGAGGACAGCAGAAGGGGACCUGCAGCCAGCCAGCCAGCAGACAGACAUCUUGAGGAGAGCAGAAGGGGAGCUGCAGCCAGCCAGCAGACAGACAGACAUCGUGAGGAGAGCAGAAGGGGACCUGGAGCCAGUCAGCCAGCAGACAGACAGACAUCGUGAGGAGAGCAAAAGGGGACCUGCAGCCAGCCAGUCAGCAGACAGACAACUUGAGGAGAGCAGAAGGGGACCUGCAGUCCUGCGUGGUACAGAUCAGGUCCCAAGAUUAGCAGCACAGUUGACUGUGAGAGAGGCUCCACAUUUCAUUUCACCUUAAUUUAAGCAGGAAAGACCCUUGAGGUUCUAAACUUUAUUCCAGAGAGGCAAUCAUGGGGAAACAAAACAGCAAACUGCGUCCCGAAGUUCUGAACGACCUGCGCGAGAACACAGAGUUUUCUGACCACGAGCUUCAGGAGUGGUACCGAGGCUUCCUCAAAGACUGCCCCACGGGCCACCUGACCGUCGAAGAGUUCAAGAAGAUCUACGCCAACUUCUUCCCGUAUGGCGACGCUUCCAAGUUCGCCGAGCACGUCUUCCGGACAUUUGACACCAACGGAGACGCCACCAUCGACUUCCGGGAGUUCAUCAUCGCGCUGAGCGUCACGUCGCGCGGCGGCCUGGAGCAGAAGCUGCGCUGGGCCUUCAGCAUGUAUGACCUGGACGGGAAUGGCUACAUCAGCCGGGCUGAGAUGCUGGAGAUCGUACAGGUGAGUUUUAGUCUACCAAUGAGGCAAGGUGGUUCCGAUGGCUCAGUGAACUUUCUCACCAAACCUUUGAGGGGUUUUCCGUUGAGUGUCUCUACAGGAACAGCCAAAUAACCCAUUCUAGUUCUAGGUAGUAGCACCUUUUAUUCUAACAGUACAUGGUGCUGGCAGUACCAGGGUUGUGGGUGUGAUUCCUGCAUGCACCACAUAUUCUGAAUAUGUGUCAUUGUCAAUGUUGAUAGUUCUGUCUGUCGCUUUGGAUAAAAGCGACUGAUAGAUGGCCAUAUUAAUGGUAGACCCAGCGAUAUGACGUUGCAUGCACGAAGUAAGGACAAUAUCCGGUCAAUUUCUGCAACAACUAAUCACGAAUCACGAAUCACGAGGCUAAACUUCUUUGAUGUUCUGAUCCCAUAGCUUAGAUGCAAUAAUUUAAUAACCAACGUUUUGACAGACAAGCUGUCUUCAUCAGGGUGAAGACAGCUUGAUGAAGACAGCUUGAUGAAGACAGCUUGUCUGUUGAAACGUUGGUUAUUAAAUUAUUGCAUCUGAGCUCCUAGAGUGUGAGGCUUUCCUUUUCUUUCUCAAGUGUUCUACUCCACUAGCCAGCACCUCUCCUAAACAGGUGUUCUACUCCACUAGCCAGCACCUCUCCUAAACAGGUGUUCUACUCUGUUAGCCAGCACCUCUCCUAAACAGGUGUUCUACUCUGUUAGCCAGCACCUCUCCUAAACAGGUGUUCUACUCCACUAGCCAGCACCUCCCCUAAACAGGUGUUCUACUCUGCUAGCCAGCACCUCUCCUAAACAGGUGUUCUACUCCACUAGCCAGCACCUCCCCUAAACAGGUGUUCUACUCUGUUAGCCAGCACCUCCCCUAAACAGGUGUUCUACUCCGCUAGCCAGCACCUCUCCUAAACAGGUGUUCUACUCCACUAGCCAGCACCUCUCCUAAACAGGUGUUCUACUCUGUUAGCCAGCACCUCUCCUAAACAGGUGUUCUACUCCGCUAGCCAGCACCUCUCCUAAACAGGUGUUCUACUCCGCUAGCCAGCACCUCUCCUAAACAGGUGUUCUACUCCGCUAGCCAGCACCUCUCCUAAACAGGUGUUCUACUCCGCUAGCCAGCAACUCGCCUAAACAGGUGUGCAUUUCUUUCGCCUCCAGAUUGAUCCCAUAGCUAACACAUUGUAGCGUGAAGCGCACCCGUGCACAUGUGCAGAUACUCUGUGUGACUGUGUGAGAGCAAAGUCUUGCAUCGCGCUCAUCUCAAUAUCUGCGGUGCUGCUCGUUGCAACGUCAUCUCGCUGAGUCUACCUUUAAAUUGCCAUACUUUACUUUUCACAGUGGAUUCAAAAGACCUCCGACAGGAUCUCUCUCGCUCUCCUAUUUACGACUUUUCUUUUACUGUAUAUAUCUAAUGACUGAUGUGUUCUUUAUUACUCACAUCCGUGAUCUCAUCAACAUAUUUUCACCACAAGUCAUGAACAUUGGCUGCUACUUGUUCUCAUUUUAUUAUCCUUUAUCAACAUGGUCAUAUUUGCUCUCCCCACCAUCGUGGCCUGAGCAGCCUGUCCCGUAUCAGUGUUGGCUCAGGCGAUUGUGUGUGGUGCUGAUACAAGCGAACCUGAAUAAACAAAUUCCCUUGUUAAAGUGUCGUCAGGCCAUAUGUUCCUGUCUCAUUGGUGUUUGGCUCAAAUGCCUUGUUUUUUUAAAUAAAGCUAGAGACCCCAUGACGAUUUUUCCAGGUGGUAACCUGACUGCAGAAUAGUUCCAUUCUGACAGAGAAUAUUGUAUUAUUUUCUAAAGGCACUAUUUGGGAUUUACCCUGCUGUUUAAUGGUCAGACAUUGAUUCUUGAAGAAUGUAACUUUUUAAUUCCUUAUGAGCUUAAUGCAACUGUUUUGCCCAAUAUACAUUCUUCUUCCUUCCGCAGGCGAUCUACAAGAUGGUGUCCUCAGUGAUGAAGAUGCCAGAAGAUGAGUCGACUCCGGAGAAACGGACAGAUAAAAUCUUCAGACAGAUGGACGUAGACAACGACGGUGGGUUUUUCUUUGUUUUUAAACAUCUCAUUCUUCGACUUGUUCUAGUGACAUAAUUUACAGUGCAAACUUGAGUCCACUGUCGCCCGUAAAAACCCUGAGCCUACAGUAUGUCUUGAAUUGGUAUUUCACUUGAGCUCUUAUGUGCUAUGUCUGUGUUUUCAAACAGUAUGGAUUUCGGGUGACCUCGUUCAGAAGUUUUUGCCUGCUGCUGUGCAAAAAUUUAGAUUUCUGGUGUUUAUAGUGUAGUGUGUGUUGCUUACCUGGGGUCUCUUCUGGACUAUAGGCAAACUCUCUCUGGAGGAGUUCAUCAAAGGUGCCAAGAGUGACCCUUCCAUCGUCCGGCUCCUGCAAUCUGACCAGGGGACCUCUCGCCAGUUCUGA